GGACGCUCCUGUGACUGUGAUGCGUUCAGGACCCGCCCUCCUCCUCCUGCACUUGUCAAAGGGCACCGAUCGCAAAUUACAUCACACUUCAGCCCACCGACGCACACGCAAAUAGCCCAACUGCACGCAGCAUUUUUUAAACCAAAUUUUAAUUAUAACAGAUCAGGAUGCUUCCUUUCAAGAGAACUUUUGACAGCGAAAAACAGCAACUGCAAGAGCUGAACAGCAGACUUGCUCAGUAUCUGUCCAGGACCAAGCAGCUGGAGCAGGAAAACGCGCAUCUUAUAGCUGAAAUUAACAAACUGAAGCGCGGCAGCGGGACGGCGGAAUGGGAGCAGCGGUACAAAGCAGAUAUGAAGGAUCUGAGGAGAAUGGUGGAGCAGAUCUCCUUCGAGAAGUCCCAGGCGGAGAUGGAGAGGGAGAAGCUAUGGCGAGAGUUGCAGACGGCCCGGUCUCUGUGCAGCGAGCAGACCGAGGCGUGCAGGGACAUCAGCGGCGAGCUGAAGGGCUGCGAGAAGGAGCUGCAGCAGGCGCACAAAAUUAACAGUGACCUGCAGCAGCGGCUCCUUCAACUGGAGAGCGAGUACAAGCGCUUAGAAGACGCGCACAGGCAUGAGACGGCCAAGCUCCGGCAUCAGGUGGAGUCUCGGGUCGUGCCCAUCAUCACGCAAACUUAUCACGGGCCCCCGGUGGUUUCCGUUGAGGAGGUGCAGGAGUACGCCCGCGGGCUGUCCGAGGGAUGGAUAGAGACGUUUGAAAUGUACCAACAGAAAGUGGAGGAGAUGGAGCAGUCGAUCAAAGCGGACCAGGCGAGGCUGUGCGACCUAGAGAAGGAGAAGAUGCUGUACGCAUCCGAGCUGGGCAAAUUGCGCACGGAGGCGGAAAAACAGGGCCAGAUUCAAAUGCGCCUGGAAGAGGAGCUCAUGCACAUGCAGGACAAAUUCCGAGUGGAUUUAAGUGAACACCAGAUACUUAUUGAGCAGUUGGAACAGGAGAGAAACAUUCUGGCUGAGGCAAUGGAAGAGAAAAUGAGGGAACAUCAGCACCUUCUCCAAGUGAAAAUGGAUCUGGGCAUGGAGGUGGCAGCAUACAGGGCUCUCCUGGAAAGUGAAAGAGUUGGUAUGCAAGAUGCUCACAGGAGGAUGACCCAACAUCAAAGAGAGAGAAUAAUAGACAUCAAGGUGCCUGCCCAACAUUACUCUCCAAGAACCUCAACCUUAACCUCAAGAAGACAUGUCGAUAUGCGGUAUGCAUCACCAACAAACCUGAGAAGACCACCUGUGACCUAUUCUGGGUCUAUAAGUCCCUCCAGGGUCAUUCCCAUUUCAGCUGCAGGAAGGGCUCGGCAUCAGAGUCCAGCAUCCAGAAGGGAUAUGAUCUCGUUCAACAAAGCUCGUGCUGCCUCUUCCGUGCCUACUACCAGUACCGAAAUUGGCCAGGAUAAAAACAAAAUAAGUAAGCCUGCACAGAAAACGGUAGCGGAGGAGAAAAGCAUGAGAUUCAAACAGGUCCCUUCUGAAAGCAAAGCCAGUUUUUCACCAGAGACAAAAUCUGUAAGAGUGGUGUCACCACCAGAAAAAAGUAUUGCUCAAACUGUCACAGAAAGCAAAAGGCAGGUGUCCAAUGAGAAAGAGAAAGGUUAUGCUCAAGAUGAGUUCAAAGACAAAGAGAAGGCAGAACCCAUAACUGAAAAAAAGAUACUGGACUCUUUAUCUGUAGAAGAGAUUAUUGAGAAAGUGAUCAAACCUGCAGGUUUAGAAGCCAAGGCAUGUUCAUCAGGAGACUCUAAGGUCAGGUAUCAUGUGGAGAAAAGUGAGCAGGAAGACGGCACCACUAAGACACAGAUUGUGCUGGAGUCCAAAUUUGAAGAAGAGAUAGAUCUUUCCGAGGACUCCACCCUGGAUGAAAUCCUGAGCCAGGGUGUGAAGAAGGUAUCACUGGAGGACAUAGAAGAUACAGCAACAGGAAACAUGAUUCAGAACCUUCUAAGUAGUCUUCAAGGAGGAGGAAACAUGGAAAAUAAGUCAGUCAAUGUGGAAAUUAUUGAAGAACCCAUUGAGUCUUUCAGUGAUGAGGAGCUUGAAGCUGAAAUUAAAAGAAAAUCAAGUUCUUAUGAGCCCUCAAGAUAUUUCCAAAUUGAGGAGAUGGAAAACAUAAGUCAUGACUCUGAAGAAGAAAAGCGUGAUAAUGCCACAAUAGCUUUCAAAACAGGCACCGACCAGCCCAGUGGGGGAUCUGUGCAUGUUCAGGAAUUCUCUACAGAAAACAAAUCUCCUAAUUUCUCCCAUGAGGAGGAGUUUCAUGAGUACUUUGUGUCCACACCAAAUGAAAACCUUUCUGAAACUGAAGAUGGUGGAGGAAUAAUGUCAUAUGGCCAUUAUGGCAUAGUAGAUGAUCUGUCUGAUGAGAGGUAUUACCAAGACGAAAGUCUGCCCCAGAGAAAAGUGAUAGUAGAGGAAAGUGAGGAAUACCAGUACAAGUCAGGUAAUCACUCAUUCCCCAAGGAAAGUUUUCCAGAGUGCAUAAUUGAAGAAGAAGUUCGGGUAUCGCCUGUAGUGCAAGAAUCCAUACUUGAGUUCCUGAGAGAGGAUUCUUUGGAACCUAAAGAGCAGCUGAAGGGAGCCUUGGAGACACUACACAGUUCAGUGUCUGGUCCCCUGAGGGAAGAGUUGGCUUUUCUCACAAAAGUGAGCAGCGAAAGUCCACAAAACGUAGCAAUCAAAAAAGUCGAGCAGUCAAGCGAUAAUGGAACCAUGACUAUAGUUGCAGAGCUAAAUGUCUCACAAACCCUUGAAGACUCUGGGCUGUUGGAGGAAGGAGAUGAUAUUUCCGAAGAGCAGAUAAUGAAAGCUCUCAGAUCUUCCAACUUGGAUCUUGAAAAAGCCUUCCAAGAAGGAGCAGGUUCAGGGUACAGCAUCAGAGUGUCCAAAGAAGAGGGGGUUGCAUAUGCAGAGGGCUUUGAAGGCUUUGGCAGCAUUGACGAGUCAGCAUCUAAAAUAAUUGAGAAACACAUUAAACUGGAACCAUCAGAAAAGUCCUUCACCUUCCAGCUGGAGGAGCAGGGUGACCAUGGUGAGAAGAGCUCAGUGCAGUCCCAACUCUUUGAAAACCCAGAGAAGAUUUCUACUGAAAAAAGAGUUGCAACACUUUACCUUGAAAGGCCCUUAGAAGACUGAUCAGGCUUUUUUUUUUUUUUUAGAAAAUGUACAAAUUUAUACAUAAGUUGUUAUACAACAUCGCAGUGGCACUGUUAACAGAUGUUUUAACAAUGACAUACAAAUGUGGACAAGGUGACAUUAGGACUACAAACCUCAGUCAACCCAUAAUAACAAAUGUGGAUUUUGGUUACAUUCUUUGUAUUAACUUCAUUUUUACUUUCAUAUAGCUUGGAUUAUACACUUUAUUUUUUUUGGUAUUAAACUUCUUUGUGGUGCUUUAAAAAGCCUAUUUCACAGUUUACAGCAGACCACUAACUCAGUCAUCAUGUGCCAUGUUGUUGAAUCUUUUGGAUCAGCACUUAUUACAGAUCAACAUGGCACUGGGAGUUAUGGGUGCUGUGCACCAUUUGCAGAUUGGAACUACUUGUGGCUUGAGCACCUUACCAUGAUGAUGGGGUCAAGUUAAUCAAUAACUUUAAAGAAAUGUAUCUACAUAUAAAUGAAGGCAAUAAUUAGAAGAAGCGGGACACAUUCAAAAAUUCAAAUGAUUCACCAUUGGUGAUAAUAUGGUUGCGAGACAUAUUGUGUAUGUUUGUGCACAUAUGUCAGGUAUCACAGUGUUGGCAUGAGGGAUUCAGUUUUGCUCUGACCUGAGAGUGUUCAGGACUAUUUUUGGAUCAUCAGCUUAGUGGCAUUGAAUGUUCACAAGGGGUUGUUGUCUUGUGUGCUGUUUGCCAAGGCAGAAUUAGAGUUCAAUGCAUUCAGUCUGUUUAUUUGUUUCAGACAUUUUCAGCAUGUUUGAUUACCACACUUUACACAGCAAUUCACUCACAAAAUAGCAAUUUGUCAUUAUGUUAUGUAGCACAGAUAUGAGAUAUUUAGCAUGAACACACUUAUCUGUUAGAAGAAGAGAGAUUUGUUGCAUUUAAGUGCCGAGAUACAUCCGGGUUUCACAUAUUUUCUGAUCGUUUCUCUAUUAACAUUUAUACAUUUGGAUUACAUCUUCAUGCAAACUGGUAUCUGGAUACCAUGUGCCAACACAUUUUAUUCAAUAAGAUCAAUUUAUAGAAAAUCUAUUGAUUUAUAAAGAGGAUAUGAGUCAAUGUUUAAUAAAUGUGGAACAAACAAAAUUAUUUGCAUUUGAUUUUAUUGAUUUCUGAUAAACAAAUGAUACAACUGCUUUGGCUGAUGGGGCUUUCUGAAUUUCAUUGAUGAAUAUCUUAACAAUAUUAAAAUAUAUAUUGUUGGAA